CUUUGAACGUCCGAAGGGACACCGUGGAGGCGGCAACAGGAGCUUCAUCACCUGUGGGGGCACAUCCUGGCGGUGGAGCAGGCAGCCGACGUACUGUAUGCCCGACUCAAAGUUCAUCCGGUUUACGCGCAUCUCACCGACGAUGGUAACGAUGGCGGACACGAUGCGGUUCAGAGUCCACGCCAGUUCUGGUGAAAGUGUGAUUCGAUACCACCCGCUCACGGCUCGGUUUGUGGGCCAGCCCAAGCUCGAGCAAUUGUACAUGGAGAAAGCGGCCAAGGAGUGGUCGCCGCGGUCGUUUCGCAUCGUGUGCGUGUUCCUGCUGCUGUACUUUAUGACGAUCUCGCCCAACCUGUACAACCUCAUCUCGCCCGACGACGUGGUUCGGGACAAGUCGAAAACGUACUUUUUGUAUGUGUUUCCUGCCAUGAUUCCGAUCCCACUCAUGCUUUGGUUGUCCACCAUGAAGCGGUUCAGACCCCAUUUUCACAACAUUUACGCAGUCGUGGUCACGUGCUGGACGUUCUCCAUCAUCGGCGGCGGCAUGUACUCGAUGCUGCACGAGUGGAAGCUGUACGUCCAAGACGACGUGACCAAACUGCUCAACUACACGCACUUCCUCAACGAGUCGGACGUGUUUACAAUCAACCACGACGACGACCUGUGGCCGUACCCGACGUACACGGGCACCGGGCGCGACAUCCUCUUCGACUACAUGGGCGAAGUACUGCUGCCAGCUGCCACCAUGAACAUCAACCUCCUCCGCAUGGUGCUCGUGUCCAUUUUUAUCCCGCUCUUGCGCAUUGGGUCGGUGCAGUCGGCUGUGGUGAGUGUUGUGACAACGUUUGCAUACACGCUCUUGACUGUGGUCGUGUACCCGUCAACCUCCAACAAGUACUUCAACACGAACAAGAUCCUCGUGUUUUGCUUCCCGUUGCUGUUUUCGAUCAUCAUGCUGCUGCAGAACCGAGACAUGGAGCGCAUGCUGCGCGUGGAGUUUCUCCAAAUGCAUGAAAAGGAGCAAGAAGCGGAAACCGCCAAGAAACAGCGCGAGGCGUUCGCUGAAGAGAACAAAAAUCUCAAGCAGGAGCUGCAAAAGCAACAAGACUACCUUCAAAACCCCAUCGAUCUCCAGAGCCCCGUGCACAAAAUCAUCUCCGACUUGAAGGCAGUACAGGACGAGAGCAACUUUACCGACGCACAGGCGUUCAGGAUGGCGGCGAUCGUGUCAGCGCUGUCGCGGCUCGACACCAACUUGUUUACGCCUGAUAUCAGCACCCAAAUGGCCAACUCGGAUUCAGAGGUUGACAAAGACACAAAGAACUGGGCCAUUUCCGUGCUGGGCAAGAAAGAGUACAACGCCACGAGCAGCCGCCUCUCCAACGCUAUGGGCACGUCCGCGCCAGGAAGCAUGGGGGGCAGCAACCACCUCCAUGGAAGUAAUGCGACCGACAGUCGAUCCAAGUCGAGUAUGCACAUGCUAGGCCAAGGGUUCGUAGCGCUCGAGCACAUGCCACUGCUGGACUCGGUGAUGCUGUCGACGGUGAUUUCCACCGUGCAGCGAGAAGGAUGGAACACGGACGUGUUUUCAUUGGACACGGACGGCCGCCCGUUGUUUGUGCUGGGAACGGCUUUGUUUGAGCAUUACAACUUUUACGACGAUGUCAAAGUCGAUCGAGUGGCCAUGAAGAACUUUAUGUACUGCAUCGACGAAGGCUACAUUGGCAACCCUUAUCACAAUGUGUUUCACGCGGCGGACGUGAUGAAUUCAGUCAAUUACCUCAUCGCGCAACUCCACAACGGGUACAUACGGACGCUGCUGACCGUGAACGAGUUCUUUGCCGCGCUCGUGGCCGCGGCGAUCCAUGACUACAAACACCCUGGCAAAAGCAACAACUUUAUGAUCAAGGCGCGGCACCGCCUCGCCAUGCAAUACCACGACAAGUCUGUCCUGGAAAACAUGCACCUCGCGGAAUCGUUUCUCCUCACGCAGGACAACCCGAACUGCGACAUUUGGGUCCGCAUGAAGGACAAGACGUACCGGGAAAUGCGCAAAGCGAUCAUUGAAAUGGUGCUCGCCACCGACCUGAGCAUGCAUCUGCAGCUGGUCGGGAGCCUCAAGUCGAUGAUCAUCUCGGAUGAAAAGCACGACAUUGCCAACGACCCCAUGAUCCUCAUGCGGGUGGUGGUGAAAUGUGGAGACAUUGGGCACUCGGCCAAGUCAGUCAAGCUGCACGGGCAGUGGUCGUCGUUGAUUGUCGAGGAGUUCUUCUUGCAGGGGGACGCAGAACGAGAUGCGUGUACCGAGGUGUCGCCGUUCAUGGAUCGGUGGGCUGAAAACAGCGCCAAGAACCAAAUUGGGUUUUUCGAGUUUAUCGUGCUGCCGUUCUUCGAUACAGUGUCGCAAGUGGUGUUCCAAGACUGCUUUCGACCGAUUCACAUGGCCACCAAGAGGAAUUAUGGGCUCUGGAAAGAAGCGGCGGCGCGCAAUAUGACGUCCAUCGCAGGCAUUCGAGAAGAGCUGUUUUCCGACGACAGUUUUGCCGCCGAGACUCUGUGAAAACAACUAGCUCUGUGGGAUAGUAUUUUACAUAACGUUAUACAAGUUCAAACCAGUUAGUGUACCGGUUUUAGAUCUAACGCUACAGUACAGUAAGUACUACUAUUAAUAGUACAGUACCAUAUUUU